AUGUCGACAAUUGGGCCGCAGCUGCCUCCAACGGCUCAGCCAUCGAGAAGAUCGCGGUCACGAUCGGACUCGGGCUCGUCUUCUCGAUCUCCCUCGCCUUCAGGCUCGGAGGGAUCGAGUCGUCCAUCAAUACGACCUGCAGCUGCGGGACCCCAGCUACCAGCUGACCUCAUACGGUCUCGCUCCGACUCAGCAUCCAGCUCUCGUUCCAGAAGCCUCUCUCCAGAAGACGGGCCCUCCGUCGGUCCCGUCCUUCCAUCCAACGCGCCACCUUCUCACGGCCUCAACGAUGGCGCGCGAGCCUUCCUCGAGCGAGAAGCACGCAAGAAUGCAGCCGAGCAAGAAGCGCGCCUCGCCGCCGAAAGAGCCGCCAAUUCUCGACCGGAAUGGAUGCUCCUACCACCAUCUCUAUCAAACGCCUCGUCGCUGCAGGCGGUCGCAGGAGACCCACUGAACCUGAAAUCGCGCGGGUUUGCACAGUCGACGCCCCGCGUAUCGGCGCGUGGAGGAGGCGCGGUCGAGGAUGCAGAUACGAGUCUGUGGACUGAGACGCCCGAAGAGAGGUUGAAGCGGAUGCAGGACGAAGUGUCUGGUGUUUCAGCCAAGGGCGCCUCAGCCAUCAGCAACAAGGAAGCGCUCGAGAGAGAGCGGACGGCUAGGCGGGACUCGAGCAUCGCUGCAGCUGUCGCGGAUGGCAGAAGCGGGAAGAAGAGUCUCGUGCAGGAGCAUAACGAACGUCGAAGACGAGAGCUGAAGGACAGACUGGAGGAUGAGGCGAGGGAAGAGAGGCGGAGAGAGAAGCGAAGGAGGCACGACGAUGACCGACGCUCCUCCCGACACAGUCACAGCGACAGUCGGAGUAGACACCGAUCGCGGUCGAGGUCGCCCGACUCGAAUCACAGAUCACGAGACCGCGAUGGCGCUUCCACUUCUUCGCACCGCCACCGGAGCAGCCGACGGGAUGACUCGCAUCAUUCUCACGGCUCACGACGCCACGCGGACACUUCCGAUGACGAGCAGAGACGGAGGGACCGUCGCAAGAGGAAGGAAUCCGAACGAGGCCGCGACAAGAAGGAUGAUGACAGAGAACGUGGGAAGGAACGCAAAAGCACAAAGACACGCAAGGAGAGGGAAGAGGAGGAGGUGAGGUCCGGAAAAGCGGCGGCUCCGAUGAUCUGGGAUCGCGACGCGGCGCUCAGCGUCGGUGGCAGACUGAUGGACGAGAAGAAGAGGGGCAAGAUGGUGGCCGAUGCCAACACUCUUGGUGAUCGUUUUGGCAGUGGUUCGAGGCGCUUUCUGUAG